UCAAACUUCUGUCAUUUUGUUUCCGAUUGCCACUGUUCAUCGUAAAUUUCUAAAUUUUUACCGACUUAAUGUGAAAGACUAUUGUUUUGAAUAGGCGUCCAUAACUUUUACUAAUAUUUUUAUUGUAUAAGUUCACUGUAUAGUUAUCUAGUUAUUACGUACAUUUCUUUCGUUCAUAAACACAAAUGUUGACCGCUAUUUCUCGUCUGUUCGUGUGUUAGUGGUUCUUGUUAUGAUAAGCUAAUCACAGAAUCACACUUCAGUGGCAUACCGCGCCGGCUUGUGUAGUGCGAGCAGACGUGUUUGUUGUCCAAACAUUAUAAACAAUUUUAAAAAAGAUAUUUAAUAAAAUGUCUGGCGAAGGAUCUAGUUCAAACGAAAACAGAAAAGUUGCGCUUAUUACCGGCAUAACAGGGCAGGAUGGUUCAUACCUCGCGGAGUUCCUCAUUGAGAAAGGCUACGAGGUGCACGGCGUGUUGCGGCGCUCGUCCUCCUUCAACACUGGCCGCAUCCAGCAUCUGUACGGCAACCCAGCUAGUCACACGGGGGGCAGGAUGCAUCUGCACUACGGGGACCUCACGGAUACCACGUGCUUGAUCAGUAUUAUAACUAAGAUUCGUCCAAAAGAAAUCUACAACCUCGGUGCUCAGUCCCACGUCAAAGUAUCGUUCGAGCUGAGCGAGUACACAGCGCAGGUGGACGCUCUCGGUACCCUGCGGUUACUGGAGGCUGUGCGGGCGGCCGGCCUGGAGAAGGAUGCCAAGAUAUACCAGGCGUCGACAUCAGAACUGUACGGAAAGGUCGUGGAGGUACCACAGAAUGAGAAGACUCCUUUCUAUCCUAGAUCACCUUAUGCCUGCGCAAAACUCUACGGCUACUGGAUCGUAGUGAACUACAGGGAGGCAUACGGCAUGUUCGCGUGUAACGGUCUCCUCUUCAACCACGAGAGUCCGCGGCGAGGCGAGAACUUUGUCACCAGGAAGAUCACACGAGGCGUGGCUAAAAUCACACUGGGGCUCAUGGAGUGUCUCGAACUAGGAAACUUGGAUAGUAAGAGAGAUUGGGGUCAUGCGAAGGAUUAUAUUGAGGCCAUGUGGCUGAUGCUACAACAAGAGGUGCCGGAGGACUUCGUGGUGGCGACGGGCGAGGCCCACAGCGUGCGCGAGUUCGUGGAGCGAGCCUUCGCGUGUGUCGGGCGGCGGCUGGCGUGGCGCGGCGCGGGGAGCGGGGAGACAGGACAUGACGCCGACACCGACCAGCUGCUCGUCAAGGUCAACCCCAAGUACUUCCGACCUACUGAAGUGGAUCUGCUACUAGGCGAUCCAUCGAAAGCCAAAGAGAAGUUGGGCUGGACUCCGCGCGUGUCCUUCGAUCAGCUCGUACGAGACAUGGUGGAGGCCGACCUCGCGCUCAUGAAGCGGAACCCCGAGGCCUAGGCCAAGAAUCACGGCGAGCCAUAUACAGGAUGGACUAUAUUACAAGUGUAUGUAUAUCUUGUUGAGAACUAUGAUUUCAAUAUAUGUGUUAUGAACGUAACUGCGAGACUUAUGAACGUAUUAAUAAUAGGUACGUCUUGGCUGUGACGCAGUUCCCGUUAGAAAGUUAUAAAUGGCCGUAAUCCGUUAAAAAUAUUAUUUUGUUUGCCUUCAAAAUUAUUUUAUCUUUUGUUAUUGAAGUUUUAUUUUCUUCUAACACAGUGCAGUUGGUUUUCUAAAAUAAAACAGUUAUCGAAUAUAUACAUCCAUUUAGGUGCAAUUUAUUCUAUAGUCGCGUGAUAUAGAUGGAUUUUUGAAAAUAUAGUUCGUAGCCACAUAAAAACUACAUCACAUAUUCCUACAAACGUCACAAAUACACCCGCGAAUGUUUAAUGUGUAUGAAGCUAUAAUUGUAUAAAUAUAAAAGGAAAUUAAUCACUGAAAUCUUGAAAGCCUUAAGUAUUUAUACCGUAAAAAUACAAGACUAUUCAAAAUAACAUAAAAGAACCAACCUUUUCGUUGUAUGGGGUAGAUUGGUUAUAAGAUAGGUAUGCCAAUCAUCAUCCCUCCCUAUA